UGUGGCGAGUCCGCGUUCGCGUUCGAAGUUUAAAAAUUAAUGUGCUCGAUUUAAAAAUGGAAUCGAAAGUUAAAAGUUUUAAGGACAUCAAAACAUUGCAGGAUUGUGAAAAGACUAAUUUAAGUUUAUCGACACCUUUCUCCAUUAAUGACAUACUGACGAAGGAAAAUGAGUCGAAGUGCGAAUUUGAAAAUCGAAUGUUUUGUUCGAACGCGUUUGGCGGGAAGAUGAACUUUUUGAACAAGCAAGGAGGUUUGAGCAAGGAGGACGGCUACGCGAACAAGGAGGUUCUGGAGAAGAGUAUGAAGUAUUACGACGACUGCAGCUUUCGUGAUUAUUCUGACGACGGUGCUUUGGACAUGUCGAGGAAAAACAGUUUUCCGGUCACAGAACUAUCAGAUGACUACGACUCCCGUUCCUCAAACACCGGUUCACCAGUCAGAAGAAACUCCUCCCCGCACUCCGACAUACAGCCAUACAAGCCCUUCAACAUCAGCUAUGAUAAAUGCCCCACGCCAGACCAGACCAGGCUCGACCAGACCAGACUGAUGACGUCAUCAUACCCGCCCAUAGAAUACUCACAGACUAAUGGAAGAAAGAAACGGUCAAGAGCUGCAUUUUCACACGCACAAGUUUACGAACUAGAAAGGCGUUUUAGCCAGCAAAGGUACCUAUCAGGACCCGAACGAGCCGACCUAGCAGUAAGCCUCAAGCUAACAGAAACGCAAGUGAAAAUAUGGUUCCAGAACCGACGCUACAAAACCAAACGAAAGCAACUACAAAUGCAAGAAAGUGGCAUGUUAGCCGCUGCGGCCGCCGCCGCUAACCACGCGAGAAAAGUCGCAGUAAAAGUACUAGUCAAUAACAAUGGCCAAUCAACUUUACCCGACCUUAAAUCCUACCAAUCCCCCAUGUUAACAAAACCAUUAAACCCCGCUCUAUUUACCCCACAAACCCUUAUAGAAGGCUCCCCAAUUUUGAAACAUUUCGCAGGAGUCUACGGCGUUGAUUUUGGAAAAAAUCCCGAAUACAAAGCCCUGUUACAAGAGUCGUAUAACCAAGCGGUUUUACAGUCCUUAUACGCCCCGCAUUUAGGGGUAAAUUACCCUAAUUUGUCCAAUUUACCCCUUUCCUAUAUGUAUUACCCCGGUCACCCAGCGUUCGGGAUGCCUUUACCCUGUGACGUAGAUAACAGAGUUCCAGAAAAUCUCGAUUGUACUAAAGAAUUUGGGGAAAAUUCGCUUAAAGACGAGAAAAUGGUUGAUAAAAGUAAAAAAAUGGUUGAUUUGAAUGAAAAUAGUAGUGAAAGCAUGGCUAGCAAUAUUGAAGUAGAAAAUUAAAGUUGUAUACAACUAUGUAUUGUAAUUUUUUGUUAAAGUAGUGAAAGACUGCUAUACUGAGCUCUCCCUGCGUCCAUCGGCAAAGUUCUUCGUAAUUCUUGUACAAAAUAACCCUAAAAAGAGAAAAAUAU